AUGUCCCCAAAGGCUCACCAGCGUUAUAUCCAAUCGUUGGAAAAUCUCUCUAUCGGCGACCCCAUGUAUCACCCCGAUAGCGAAGGCCUUAAACUGGGGCAUUGUGGCUACUUCGACAAUAACGGCAGGUGGAGAGACAUAUUUGAUAUUAUGACCAUCGAUUCCGAUCAUAGUAAGUAUAAACCGCUGGCAGAGUUGCCAGUAGCAAGUAUGAGUGAAGCUCAACGCUGGGGACCUAUAUUUGGGAGCUCGGUUAAGUCAUGUGGCAUUGAAGAAGACACUAGUGUCGCCAUCCCAGGUGUCCCAGGAUUGACUGCCGGAGUAAGCCUAAAGUUUGCGAAAAAAAGUGGUUAUGGGGCUGUUCUUAUGGCGGACCCUGUAACAUAUGAGGCUUUCCCACAUAAGGAACCGUUUCAUAAAUGGUGCAAAGAUAAUGCCCCGAAGCUCCUCGCAGACGAGACCUUCGGUCCCGAGCUCAAACGACGGAAUUUCUUCAUAAUCACCGAGCUUUAUACCACAAAUCGAUGCUCUAUUACACAAUGGGAUGGCAGAGAAAAAGAGAUGUGCAUUGGUGUCUCAGCAGAGGCUUGGAGUAUGGGCAAGCUUACUGGAGGUGGAUUCUGGGGCAAGUCGACAAAUAUAGGUAGCUGGAGAGGUUUUGGGUUUGAUGAGGAAUUGAAGCAGGCAACAGAGCAAGGUUAUGUUUGUGGGUGGGUUGGAGUAUGA